AUGUAUUACGGACCAGACUGGCUCCUCCCUGUGUAUUACAGACCGGUCCAGGCCCUCCCCGUCUAUUACGGAACAGACCAGUUCCCCUUGGUGUAUUAUGGACCAGACCUGUACCUCCCUGUGUAUUAUGGACCAGACCGGCUCCCCCUCGUGUAUUACGGACCAGAUCAGCUCCUCCCCGUGUAUUACGGACCAGACCGGCUCUCCCUCGUGUUUUACGGACCAGACUGGCUCCCUGUCAAGUAUUACGGACCUGACCGGCUCCCCCUCAUGUAUUACAGACCACACCAGCUCCCCCUCAUGUAUUACGAGCCAUACCAGCUCCUCCCCAUGUAUUACGGACCAGUCCGGCUCCUCCCCAUGUAUUACGGAACAGACCAGUUCCCCUUCGUGUAUUAUAGACCAGACUGGCUCUGCCUCGUUUAUUAUGGACCACGCCAGUUCCCCCUCACGUAUUAUGGACAAGUCUGGCUCCCCCUCGUGUAUUAUGGACCAGACCAGCUCCUCCUCGUGUAUUACGGACCAGACCGGCUCCUCCCUGUGUAUUAUGGACCAGACCGGCGGCCCAUAGUUUAUUACAGAUGGGACAGGCUCCUCCUUGUGUAUUACGGACCAGACCGGCUACCCUUCGUGUAUUACGGACCAGACCAGGUCCUCCUCAUGUAUUACAGACCAGACUGGCUACCCCUUCUGUAUUACAGACCAGACCGGCUCUGCCUCAUGUUUUACGGACCAGACCGGCUCCCCGUCGUGUAUUAUGGACCAGACCGGCUCCCCCUCGUGUAUUACGAGCCAUACCAGCUCCUCCCUGUGUAUUAUGGACCAGUCCGGCUCCUCCCCGUGUAUUACAGAACAGACCAGUUCCCCUUGGUGUAUUAUGGACCAGAGCUGUACCUCCCUCGUGUAUUACAGACCAGACUGGCUCUGCCUCGUGUAUUACGGACCAGACCGGCUUCCCCUCGUGUAGUACAGGCCAGACCGGCUCCCCCUCAUGUAUUACGGACCAGAUCGGCUCCUCCCUGUGUAUUACGGACCAGACCAGUUCCCCCUCGUGUAUUACACCGGCUCCCCCUCAUGUACUAUGGACCAGACCAGCUCCUCCCCAUGUAUUACAGACCAGACCAGCUCCCCCUUGUGUACUAUGGACCAGUCCGGCUCCCCCUUCUGUAUUACGAGCCAUACCGGCUCCUCCCCAUGUAUUACGGACCAGUUCGGUUCCUCCCCGUGUAUUACUGA